AAUAAUUGCGCGUGUAUAUAAUUACGUGUCUAUAACUUACGAAGACGCAGUGAGGAGUAUUUGUGAUUUUAAUAAUAAUAUACAUUAUCGUUAACACGUGAAAUUAUAAUUUCAAACAGUAGGAUAAGUAGGGAAAGUAGGAUUGAACUUGAAAUUUGGUUAAACGCGCUAUCGUUUAUCUUUUCGCGCGCUCCCGGUUUAUGGAUAUUCGCAUUGUAAACGCCAGCGAGAUCAGAUUGGCGUCUUCUGGCGAUCGAAAAGCUACCGGAGGUAUGAGUAAAGAUUGUGGAAUAUGUGGGAUUUAUCCCAGAUGGUUGGAAAAUCGCGCCACCCCGAGGAACUUCAUCGCGGUGUACGGUUUGCUGGGCACCGUCCAGGCAAUGGCCUUUAUCUACAUCGUCGUCACCCUGACAACUCUAGAGAAGAGGUUCAAGAUACCCAGUCGUACGACCGGGUUGAUCCUUUCGGGUAACGAGAUCUCUCAGAUCUUGUCCCUGAUCUUGACCUACUACGGAGGAUCCAGUCAUCGGCCAAGAUGGAUCUCGGUUGGGGUCGGCUUGAGCGCAUUGUCCUGUCUCGUUUUGGCUCUGCCGCACUUCAUAUACGGUCCUGGAAAGGACGCCUUGGCACUGACGAAGGAAUAUCUGGAUCAGACCUUACUGAACAUGACAAGUGUUCCGAAUGUUCCGAACGACCUCGCGAUUUGUCCGCGCACGGACCAGCCGGAACUUUGCGACGCCGAAACUAAGUCGAGCACUAGUUACCUCCCUCGACUGUUGAUUUUCAUAUCUCAAUUUAUUCUCGGUAUCGGAACUACUCUUUAUUACGGUCUGGGACAGACGUAUUUAGACGACAACACGAAGAAGAAAAAUACACCUAUGCUCUUAGGUUUUACGUUCGCUUUGCGUACCGUGGGUCCGGCGAUCGGAUUUUUGCUGGGCUAUGGUUGCCUGAGUUUAUACAUAGACCCGAAGCUCCAUCCCGUUAUUACGAAUAAAGAUCCGCGAUGGUUGGGUGCGUGGUGGCUCGGAUGGAUCAUUCUUAGCGCUACGAUGGGUAUGUUCGCCGUUUUGAUCGCUAUGUUUCCACGUGAUCUUCCCGCGUCGAAAGAUACAUCUGAAAAGACUAAGCCGGACGGCGAAAUACCUUUGAAGUUGGAUUUAGUGCUGCAGCAAAAGCCUCCGAUACAGAUGGAAUCCACCAACCCAAUGCCCUUGGAAACUGACAAUGAGUACAUACCGACGAUCCGUGAGUUUCCAAAAGCCAUGAAACGGCUGUUAACAAACUGGCUGUUGACCUGCAACAAUUUAAGCGCCGUAUUUUACAUACUUGGCGCUUCCGCCUAUAUCACGUUCUUGGCGAAGUAUCUUGAAGUCCAAUACGGUACGUCCGCGGCUGGCGGUACCGUGAUAGCAGGCCCCAUAUCGCUAGUCGGUAUGGUAUUAGGAUUCUUGUUAUCGGGAUUAAUAAUUAGCAAAUUCAAACCGGGUCCCAGGCCGCUCCUCGCGUGGAAUGUACUCGUCGGCAUUUGCUUCGUCCUGGGACAAAUAUUAUUCAUAUUUCUUGGCUGCACAGACGCUGGAAUUCGCGGUGUAGACUUGAAGACUAUGCAAAUGAAUUUGACAGACGGUUGCAACGUCGAUUGCAAUUGUGCAGGCGUCAAAUAUUCGCCGGUCUGCCACGAGGCGUCGAAGACAACUUUCUUCUCCGCCUGUCACGCGGGAUGCCGAACGAUUCUGGACGACAAGCAGUUCGGGAACUGCAGUUGUCUGCCGUUGGACGAACCCACCCAUAUCGAAGGCCACUUCGAUCACUUCAGCAACAGUAGGGAAGCGGCUUUCAUCUCGGAGCAGCAGAUGUAUCUGCCCGACUCGCAGGCGCUCCCGUCGAUCUUCGAUACGGUCAGAGCUGGUCCGUGCACCGGUGACUGCAACCGGCCGUACUUGCUUUUCACGGUGCUCACCUGCGUGAUCCACUCGCUAGGCUGUUCCGGGAAAAUCGGCAAUGUUCUGGUGAACUACAGGAGCGUCGAAAAGAGGGACAAGAGUUUCGCCCAGGGCAUCACGCUGAUGAUCGUCUCGUUGCUGGCUCUAAUUCCGGGGCCAAUUAUUUAUGGGGCUAUCAUCGACUCGACUUGCUUGAUAUGGGAGGAGUCCUGUGGGACUAAAGGAAACUGCUGGUUCUAUCACAGGGAUAACUUCCGAUACUUGGUGAACGUCUCGUCGGCCGGAUUUACCAUGAUAGGGGUACUAUUCGACGGUGCGGUUUGCUAUCUCGGCAAAGAUUUAGAUCUGUAUGGCGCCGCGGAGAGUGACAAGAGACGCGAGUUCGUGAAGGAAGACGUCGCGAUUGAUAAUGUAGACAAGAGGAAGGAAGUUAAUGGGAAUUUAAAUCAGAGGACAGAGCACAGUCGUCUAUAACGCUGCUGUCCAACAAUGGACAAAUCCGAUAAGAUUUGUGGAAUUGCUCUAGGUACCUGAAAUUCCGGAGCUUUCGUGACUGACGCUGAACAUUCCGAUGAUUUAUAGAUAGUGCAAUGUUUCUAUUAGCGGCAUCAGCUAAUCAUGUAAAUAACGUUAGUAUAAUGCACCUUGAUUGUUAAACUCUCAAGCUUCUAAACGCUCGGAAUCGAAAGCUUGGAGCUAUCGUUGUUACAAUUUCGUUGUUAAACCUUUAUUUCCGAAUCAUACUCAUUCCUAUUUCUUUGUAAAUAAAUUGCGCUUAUUUUUUGUUAACACGUUAUUACCCUCAGGCUUCGUCGCGUUCUGUUCCACACUCGAAAACUUUUCAUUUUUUAUCUUUUCCUCCGAAUCUUCCGUUCGGGAAAACUUUACAAAAAUUAUUUCUACAUUUUAAUUGUCGUUUCCAUUUCCGCGAUUUUCGAUCAAGUAAGUUCGAACGAUCCGUUGUUUUGAUAAAAGGUAUUCACCC